CUACUUCCGAAACCAAAAUCCCCAAUUCCGGAAAUUCGCAGAGCUUUCGAAUCAUAUCAAUGGCUUCCACUUCUACAGUGUCACUGGCCCUGCCAUUGACUUCCGCCACCCACAAGAGACUUUCCAACCACGCCUUCUUCAAUCCAUUGCCAGCUUCUUCUUCUUCAAGGUCUCGCAAGGCCAUCGCCGGCGUGCCGACAUCUAACGGGAGGCUCGUCGCAGUCCGAUCGUCAUUGAAGAAGGCCAUCACUGGACUAACCGCCGCCGCUCUGACGGCGUCAAUGGUGAUUCCGGAGGUUGCAGAGGCUGCAGGACCAGGAGUCUCCCCGUCGCUGAAGAACUUCUUGCUCAGCAUUGCUGCCGGUGGAACAGUGGUGGUGGCCAUAUUGGGGGCUGUGAUAGGCGUCUCCAACUUCGAUCCGGUCAAGCGUGGUUGAGUUGUAAUUCUCUUCUUUCACCUAUAAUUUUCUUCAUUUCCCCUCUCUCACUUGUUCAAUAGUCCAUUCAUCCAUGGCGCUUUCAUUAUACAUACAUACAUAUACAUACAUAACAUAUACAUACAUAAUAUAUAUAUAUAUAUAUAGACACACAUUAAAACUACAUUAGAAGUAAAGAACUAUAUAUAUAUACACACACACAUUAAAACUACAUUAGAAGUAAAGAACCUAUUGAAGUUUAAGAACUCGAUCGAUAGGACUUCUAUUUAAGAAUAAAAGCUUCACAACUCUUCAUGACGAGGGAAUGUAAACCAAAUUUCAGAAGUAAUUUACUACUCAUAUAAGAGAUGAGAAGGAAAUUAAUACUAUUAUUAACCGGGACAAAGAAAUUUAACUUCGGAUAAAAGUUCAGAUGAGAAGAACUUAAGUUUGGAAGACAAGCAACUAAAAUAACAUUAAAUUUAAAUCAGAAAGCUACUAGGGAAGAACGCGAUGUUUUGAAGGAAAAGGGCUACAAACAUU